AUGGGCAACCAAAUGUGGAGCAUUUUCGUGGGACUGCUGGUGCUGGAGCAGCUGAUCUCCCAAUCCUUGGCGGCCAAUCUCGGCCAGCUGGUGAAGAAGCAAAGUCAGCAGAAGCAGGUGCAAUCCGCGCAGCCAGGACAACAACUGCCACAAGGCCAGCAGAUCCAUGCCCAGCAGUAUGUGCAGGAUAGCCUAGCCGAGCAGCAGGAUCUUAAGACAGAGGAGGAGGAGGACCACGAUCCCUACCAGCUGCUGCAGGAGGCGAAACAGGAGUCGCGGCUGCCCAACUCGGCCAACUAUCCCUGGAGUCCCUAUGCUGCCGCCGCCGCCGCCGCCCAUGGAAAUCCCUAUGAGGCCAUGCCCAAGAUGCUGCCCUUUAUUGGCUAUGCCCAGCCGGUGCUCAUCCCAUUUCCCCUCUACCUGGCUCCGGAUAUGUUCUAUCCGGCUUUUCCCGGCCCCAGCAGCAACGACCUCGAGGAUGUGGUGAUGUCCAGAGCAGCCGGUGGCCGUCGUCCGGCUGCCAAUCACCCGUCAACUGCCCGCAAUUCGCCCAUUUACUAUGUGAGAUUGCCGCCAACGCCGUAUAUGUUUCUGCCCAAUAUGCCGACGAAUCCGUUUGGCGGAGGAUUCUCGCCCCUGCUCACCUACCAACCGAUGCCCUCGUUUUCCGCCUACGGUUCGGUGUUCAAUCUGCCCGUCAACUUUCUGGCCAAUGGAAAACCCUCGGGCGUCUAUCAAAUGAAUGGGUCGCCUGGUGAAGGUUUGGGUUCCCUAUCACCUGGAGCCUUUGGCAUGAGGCCACCCACGCCGAGUAAUCCCUUCAGACCAAUGGCCACGCCGUCAAUGGGCGGAUAUGGAGCUAGCCAGCAGAACUUUGGCCUGGCCUCCAUGCCAGUGCCGCAGCAGGACUCCAAGCUGACAUCCCUGAAGCGUCCGUUCGUGUUCAACGGUCGUCCCGAGGACAUCUACAUCCUGCCCAACAACUUAGGGUCACUCUAUAACGAACAGAGCUACUACUGAGUGUGCACUUCUGCGAAUGGCUGUGUGGCACCAACUGAAAGUAUUACAUAACGCAUUUACUAGAUCGUUACUUGGAUCACCAUGAAGCUUGAAAAG